AUGUUUAUCCUAGCUUUAUGCCUUGUAGCUUUCGCAGGCUGUUCCUCGCUGACACAAGCAUCCAAUGAAGAUCACAUACAGCAGGCAUCGCACGAAUACUACGGCGAAGGUGAUGGUGCUUUUCCUAAUGACAUUGCACUUCUCAAGUUUAACGAAUCCAUCACUGGUCCUGGGGCCGCAUCAUUGGUCAAAUUACCAGACAACGACUCCAAAAACAAAUUCGCUCCUCAUCGCUGCGACAUCACUGGAUGGGGAUAUACAGUAUAUGGUGUAGUUCUUCCUGAAGUCCUGCAACAAGCUAAAAUGACCGUAAUGAAGGAAAAGUGGUGUGUUGACGUGUUUGGGGAAGAUAUCAUUGCCGAUGGUCAUGUAUGCAUUUUAUCGGAUGAUUCUUCCUCCUGUAAUGGCGAUAGCGGUGGACCAUUGACCUGUGGGGACACCUUAGUCGGAAUAACGUCAUUCGGUUAUAUUGGAUGUCCUCCCAUGUAUCCUUCAGUGUACACCCGAGUCACUCAUUACCGGCAAUGGAUCAAAGACAACUCCGGCAUUUAA